UUUUCCCACACACGCGUUGUCGCUCGUACACACCAUCGUCACUGUUGCAAACACAUCACGGGUACAACCCUUUGACAAUUCCAGACGUAAACCUCACCAGCUGCUCCGGUUGAACCAGCUACACACAGCAGGCACCAUGAGAGGGGCUCUCGUUCAAGCCGGUCUCUUGGCCGCGGGCGCUGGGCCGUCGUCUUCAGCCCUGGCGGCCGUUGUAGAAGCCAGUACGCUAGCCACCGUGACCGUCGCAGCACCACUGUACGACACUACAGUCACUGCUAGUGAUGGUGGUUGUAGCCCUACCGGCUGCAUUGGCGACAAUACCAGAGAUGGCGACGCGACAUCUGUUGAAUCCCGCUGGUCCUGCAAGCCUGCCCUUGGCGAUGCCGGCUCAGUGUGUAGGAUCACGUACGGCCUGGGCAUCCAGUACCAGCUGACCGGUUUGAACAUCGCGAUGUACAAGGGUGACGAGCGGACGAGGACCCUCGAAAUUAACAUCGACAACCUCCCGUACACUGUCUGGACCAGCUCGGGCACAACCACCGACUUCGAAACCAUUGAAGUCGACACUAUGGGGAGAUGGAUCGAUAUUGUCGGGGUUCUCGAGGACUCCGAGUGGCUCAGCAUCAUGGAGGUGGAGAUCCUGGUCGACGACGGUGUUACCGAUACCGAUGAUGUCGCUGGUACGACGGAGGUCGAGGCCGGCUCUCUGGGAAUCGUCACGGCCACCUCUGCCCUGUUCGAUCCCCGUCUCGGCGACUCCAAUGGAUGCGAUCCCGCGGGAUGUACAGCGGAACUGACAAGGGAUGGGGACGUCUCCGAUGGAUCCAGGUGGUCCUGCGCCCCCUCGCUCGGCGGGACGUGCAGCAUCUCCUACGACCUCGGGGCCGUCUACGACCUCUCCGAGCUCCGCCUCGCGUUGUACAAGGGGACGACGAGGGUCAGGACGGUCGACGUAACCGUCGACGGUUCCCUCGCCACCACCUGGACCAGCUCGGGCACAACGGACGGCUUCGAGAACGUUGAUCUGUCGGGAUAUUCUGGACAAGACGUCACCGUCACGGGUGUCCUGGACGAUUCGGAGUGGGUCAGCAUCACAGAGACAGAUAUCAUGGUGCUAUCGGACAGCGUCGUUUCGCCGCCCAGCCCUUCUACGACCACUCCGGCUCCCGUCUUCGCUCCCGCCGCUACUCCGACCCCGGCUCCUAAAGUACCCUCCCCCGAGCAACUAUUCGCCGCCAAAGAGAUCGAUGAGAUCGGUGCCGUCACCACUACGGCAACAUUGUUCGACCCCAGCCUCCUCGCUGACAAUGGAUGCGACCCGUCAGGGUGCACUGCGGGUCUAACGCGGGAUGGAGACUACGCGACGAGCUCCCGUUGGUCCUGCGCGCCCAAGCUUGGGGGCGAUGGCGACAGCUGCACUAUAUCGUACGACCUCGGGCAGGUGUACAACCUCGCGCAGAUCCGCUUAGCCAUGUACAAGGGCGACGAGAGGCAGGUGACGGCGGAGGUGCGAGUGGACGGUGUUCUGGUGACCACCUGGACGAGCUCGGGCACCACGGUCGGCGCCGAGAGCAUCUUGUUCUCCGACACGACGUCGGGGCAGGUGGUAGAGGUGACCGGCGUGCUGGGAGACUCGGAGUGGCUCAGCAUCAUCGAGACCCUGAUCUAUGUGUGGCCGGACACCGCCCCUACGCCAUCCACCACGGGGUCCACCCCUGCCCCCGCCCCCAUCACCCCCGUCGGAGAGCUUACGGCGGUGGGUCUCCUGCCGCUCGCGGACUGCACCGGAUGCUUCGGAGAGGACCUUCCUCCGUUCCACUCGAAGGACGGGGACUUCUCGACCUCUUGGACAUGCGUCGGGGGCACUGAGUGCACCCUUCGAUUCGACCUCUUCUCCUGGCGCCACAUCAAGCAGGUCAAGAUCGCUCUCCCUGAUGGCGCCGAGCGGGCGGUCGACAUGAGAAUCGCGGGCCGGUACGAUGAUGAACUGGCGGCAGCCUUUGCGGAAGCCUACGUGACCAGCUCUGGAACGACGGACGAAUUCGAGACAUACGACUUCGACGUCUUCACGAACGAGAUACUCAUCUCCGGUGUUUUUACCAGUGCCUCACAGACCAUCAGCAUUUCUGAGGUGGAGUUCAUGGAAGAGCUUCAGGCGGGCGAGAUUCAAAUUUCGGAGUGGAAUACCCCGUUGGCGGACGCCCGCGUGGACGGGCCGACGACCGACGCGUUCGAUUGGACUACUGACUCCGACGAUGCUAUCGGUCGAACCGUUGAGUUCGAGCUCGCUUGGUACGCCAUGGUGGAUGCGGUCGAGAUCAAGUUCCCCGUCGGGGACACUUACAAGUUCGACCUGGAGCUCAACGACGACCAGAUUCGUGGCGAGAUUCUGAAAACGAUUACCGGAUUCGAAAGCGCGGAUACCGCAGACUGGCAGUCCUUCGACCUAAGCCAGCACCUGGACGCCGACCAGUUCCUCACCGAGAUCAAUAUCGUUGUCCAGGGCACAGGCUCUGGAGCACCUGGCUUUGCGAUGCUCGACAUUAGGGUCAUGGGAACAGCUAUCGACAACCCUACCGACACGGUGUAUGUGGGCUCCACCUUCAUCGAGCGAUGGACCGGGCUCACGGACCGCUACCCGGACUUUGUGGCGGAGGGGACCGGAGACCAGAAGAUCAUCAUGGAGGCCAUCUGUACCGUCAAGAAGGCUUCUUUCGACGGCGUGGACUGUGUCGGGGGAGAUGACGCCGCCACCGGCACGGUGGUCCUCCCACAGGGCAGCUGGUAUGUGGACGGGAACAUCUUCAUGAAGUCGGGUGUCUUUCUCGAUGGCAGCUUUUCCGAGGACUCGCCAUACUUCACCGGCAUCAUUCUGGAGGAAGGGGCUGCCGGCAAAACGGACAUUGACGCAAUGGUUGUCAUGGAUGGCAUUUCCAAUGCCAUGACCGACAACAUUUGGAUCCGUGGGCACUACGACCCCGACACCAGCAACGACACUCCCGCCGUCCCGGGCCUGGGGUCGACCGGAUUGUCUGUUGUCGGCAGCACGAACAUCACUUUGCGAGACGCCGAGAUCCGCUUUCUCGACGGCGACGCCUUAGUUGUGCGCGACUCGAACAUGAUCAGCAUCGAUGCGGGCGAAUACGAAGAGCUCUACUCUCCCUGGUCCCUUGCUUCAAGCCGAGGCACCGGGCUUAUCGUGGACUCUUGCGACUCCAUCUACGUUCGCCGUCACACGCUUUACGAGAAUGGCGUCGCGGGGAUCCACAUCGUGGGGACCAACAACUUCACCUUCGAUGCGACCAUAGGCGAAGAGAGCACGGUUGGCGAAGGCAACGUCGGAAACCUGGAUGGGCAGCAGCCGAUCGACGUUAUCAUCGAGAGCUCGACCUUGGUGACCUUCAACGACCUGAGGGUACAAUCAUCCAAUGAUCCGAUAAUGAUGGUCUCCGAUAGCUCCACAGUGUCCUUCAACAACCUCGGACUAAGCCUCGUGGAGGCAGAUGCUUGCGUGAUCCAGGCCGACGACCCCAGCACGGUGACCAUUGACGCUGACGAAGACGAGCUUACUCUCGACGGCUCCUGCUACGUCAAGGUGUAAAAGGGAUCCCCGAGAGCUCUCGAUCAGAGCUAAAGGCAUCCUAUCUUGUAAAGGAGCAUGACACAAGAAACGAUUGUUUCCCCCAACGGAAUUGUUCGAGAGAGACUAGCAUGAAGAGUCGUCCUUGAUACCCAGGAAACUCUCCGCUAUGGUGCUGUCACUGGAUGGACACGUGGCCGGGGAUAGCUUUAAGGAAGAUCAUCGUUCGUGUGACAAUGAGUUUUUUUCGGCCAUCAUUGGAGAUCUGAUGGGCUGGUGCCAAAAGAACGGUUAUGAUUUGUGCUGCGCUAGACAAAGCAACGAGUUUUUCCAUAGAACAUGGAGAGUUGAUGGGCAGGUGCCAAAGAAAGGUUAUGGUUUGUGAUGCAAGGAGCAAUUGGUCGAUUCUCGUCGACACGGCCGAUUGAUCGCGUCCACGAAAGCCCGGCCAACAACGUGUGUGUUGUAUGUACGUUGUGUUCCGUCAUAUUAUUAUAGCUAUUCUGGGGGCCAGCUCUAGACUAAUGGAUCGUGAAAAUGUAUGGACAGUACUGUGGUAUCUUCGACGGGCUCCUAAGUUUAUAUAUUGCAGCCUCUUUGUAGGAGAUGUCGCCGGCAACGUCUGACAGUAUGCAUGUGGGUCCUAAGUCUGUGUUAUUGUGGUGGCUUUAUGCUGUAGAAUAGAACAGGUCCUGAGCAAAGACCAGAACCGGUUUUAGCGUAAGACAACAAAUCUGCAGUGGGCUAGACGGAAGAUAGCACACCCACACCCAGCAGCACACAGUAUCACACACCUGGUGGCGAGACGUUGACAGGUUAAUGUUAAUCCAAGACAUGCACCAACACUCCAAUCACAUCAUCGGGCUACGUGAGACACCACACCCGACACAAAUAUUGAUGUGAGGCGACUAUUAUAUUAGGAGUAGACUAUAUUCGUUUUGAAAGCCAAACUCUCAGCAACGGGUGUUGUCUUGGAACCAAUCCCUUCGGUUGGAGAGGGAAAGUCUUCGGGAAGACUGAAAGGUGGAGGGAUAGAUUUGAAGGGAGUCAAAAGUAUAUGCCAGUCCUUUGGGGCGUUUUUCUCGCGCUUCCAGGUCCCAGGGCGAUCAUGUCGAGGGCGAGCUUCUCAAACGCGCUUCGUGUGUUCGAUUUAGGUGCGUCGGUCGGUGGUUGCUACGUUUACUAGGAGGUGCAUAUAUUUCUUCAG